CCGUCCGACUGGCAAGCGUGAUAAUUACGACCGGUGCAAAGCCAUCUUAGCUUUUAUCACCUCGUUGUUGGAUGAAGCGUUGCAAGCGUUUUAUUGCGGAUCGAGAAGCGUCAAAUUGCAAACAAAAACAUUAAUCGGCGUGCUGUUUUCUUUCCACCAUUUGCUGUGAAAAGUACUGUUUAAAAUGGUUAAACUUACGCCAGAUUUGAUAAAUCAGUCUAUGCAGUACAUGAAUCCAUGUCGCGACCGAGAAUUGGAUUUGCGUGGAUACAAAAUACCACAAAUCGAGAAUAUGGGUGCCACCCUGGAUCAGUUUGACACGAUUGACUUUUCCGAUAACGAUAUCCGCAAGCUGGAUGGAUUCCCGCGACUUCCUAGAUUAAAAUGUCUUCUCCUGAACAACAACCGGAUUGUAAGAAUAGGUGAAAAUCUCUUCGAAUCGCUCCCCAACCUUCAAAGCGUUAUUCUCACUGGGAAUAACAUUCAGGAAAUCGGUGACUUGGAACCACUAACAAAGUUGCCAAACCUGGAGACGCUCAGUUUGUUAACGAAUCCUGUCUCAACCAAGCAACACUACCGUGAGUAUGUUGCAUUUCGUUUCCCUACUCUACGGCUGUUAGAUUUCCGUAAGAUUCGUCAAAAGGAACGCGAUGCGGCAGGCAACCUGUUCAAGUCGAAGAAGGGGAAAGAAAUAUUAAAGGAAAUCAGCAGGAAAGCAAAACAAGCAUUACCUCCCGGAGCGGGCGGAAGCACAACGCCAGAAAAGCAAGCUGUCCAUAACGCCAGUCCAGAAGAAAUUCAAAUACUUAGGGAAGCACUCAAGAGCGCCAAAACUCUGUCGGAAGUGGAACGGCUCAAUCGUAUGCUACAAUCUGGUCAGAUCACCGGCGACAUUUUGAACGGUAAUAAUGGUUCAGAAGCCGACUAACAACUCUGAUAGGAACAGAUACAUUAUACGAUGAGUUGGUUAAAUGGUAUGGUCGAGAAGUGUAUGAAAUAUACGCAGUGGAAAGUCGCACUAAACCGCCGUUCGAUU